AUGAGGCUGCACUGUGAGGUCGAGGUGGUGAACCGGCAUUUGCCGGCUUUAGGGCUGAAGAACCGGGGCAAGGGCGUCCGAGCCGUGUUGAGUCUCUGUCAGCAGACGCCGCGGGCGAAGGGUGCGCCGGGCGGCCGGACCCCCGCCUGCCUGGUCGUCUGCACCCUGAAGGACAAGCGCGGGACCCGCUAUGAGCUAAAGGAUAACAUUGAACAAUUCUUCACCAAAUUUGUGGAUGAGGGGAAAGCCACUGUUCGGUUAAAGGAGCCUCCUGUAGAUAUCUGUCUAAGUAAGGCCAAUUCUAGCAGUUUAAAAGGUUUCCUUUCAGCUGUGAGACUGGCUCAUAGAGGUUGUGACAUCAACACAUCUCUUUCAACACUCACACCAGUGAAAACUUCAGAAUUUGAAAAAUUGAAAACCAAAAUGGUCAUCACAUCCAAAAAGGACUAUCCUCUAACCAAGAACUUUCCAUAUUCUCUGGAACAUCUUCAGGCUUCUUACUGUGGGCUUGUCCGGGUGGAUAUGCGUGUGCUCUCCUUAAAAAACCUUAAGAAGUUAGACUUGAGUCACAAUCUUAUAAAAAAGCUUCCGGCUACAAUUGGAGAUCUCAUAUACCUUCAAGAGCUUAACCUGCAUGACAACCACUUGGAGUCAUUCAGUGUAUCCUUGUGCCAGUCCACACUCCAGAAGUCACUUCGGAGUUUGGAUCUCAGCAAAAACAAAAUCAAGGCACUCCCUGUGCAGUUUUGCCAACUCCAAGAACUUACAAAUGUAAACCUAGAUGAUAAUGAAUUGAUACUGUUGCCUUUCAAGAUAGGACAACUAACACGUCUUCGUUUUCUGUCAGCAGCUGGGAAUAAGCUUCUAAAUUUACCUUGUGAAUUUAAAAAUUUAUCCCUUGAGUACUUGGACAUUUUUGGGAAUACUUUUGAACAACCUAAAGUCCUUCCAGAUAUAAAGCUACAAGUACCAUUGACAUUACUGGAAGCUUCUGCACGUGCUGUACUCAAUAAUAGGAUUCCGUAUGGCCCUAGUAUCAUUCCUUUCCAUCUUUGCCAAGAUUUGGAUACUGCAAAAACCUGUGUUUGUGGAAGAUUUUGUCUGGACAGUUUUAUUCAAGGAACUACUGUGGUGAACCUACACUCUAUUGCGCACACUGUUGUCUUAGUAGACAAUAUGGGUAGAGUUGAAGCACCAGUUAUCUCUUACUUCUGUUCUCUAGCCUGUUACGUAAAUUCCUGUGAUAUACUAAGGUAAUAGUAGUGUCACAAAAAAAUUCAUAUAUAGACAUAUAGAUCAGUUUGUUAAUUCUUUAUGAUUUAUUAUCUAAGA